UAAUUCCCUCCAACUUCACCAUCUCAUUCUCUACUUCUUUAUAACUCACUAUACGACUGAAGGAUGGGCAUCAAGGGCCUUUUACAAUGGAUUAAGAAGACACAUCCGGAGGUGAUCAAGGCCUUUUCCAAACGAUGGGCAGAUCCGAAAUUCCACGGUAAACUGGUUGCUAUAGAUGCGACAUUACUCACAAACCGGUUCCAUUUUGCUUCUAGAGGAGGCCCUUUGGAGGGUUACGGUGAAGUAAUAGGCUGGUACAAUCUCGUAUCAGAGAUGAGAGCCUACGGUGUCAUUCCAGUCGCCAUAUGGGACCAACGAGGCGUAAGAGAAUGGAAAUCCGCCGAGGCCCGCCGCCGUCUCACCAUCCGUGCCGCACACCUAGCUCGACGUAACCACGAAUUCACCCGCUCCGCACGCGUACACCUCCUUCGCGAAGCCAUUACCGAUUUUUUUCACCUCCCGUCUGAAGAGCAAGAUGCUGUGCGAGCUCAUUGGCAAGCUACAAAAUUUACUUUUGUGACUACAGGUCGGAAAGAUGCUCUGGACGGGGACCAAAUACUAGCAGGAGGAGCGUUGACGCCGCCUGAAAGUUCGAGGACGGAGAAAAUAGAGAGGAAGGCGAUGGAGGGGUUGCAAGGGGAUCAAGAGGAGAAGAUCAAGGUUGUACAGGAUGAAGAUCGUGUGUUAACUGCGGAAGAAAAUGAACAGAUGAAACAGAAAACCACAGCUGAGAAAAUUGCGUCAAGCCUCACUGAACGCGAUACCAUCUCCAUCAACCGCAUAACCUCUACUAUCGAUACAUUCUCCUACCUCGUGCAGGCCUAUCGCGACUCUUAUCGCCCACCUCUUCCCUCCUCCAAAACCAAACCGUCUCCCAGCUUACCCGGUUUUGAUCCCUCACAAGAUCUUACCCCGCUCGAAGAAGAACUUAAACAAUGGACGGCUGCCAACCGACAAGAACUCGGUCUGGACGAAUGGAAAAAGGGGGUAGAAAAGUUGGAUGAGAAACUGGAAGAUCUUGUGCCACUCGAGAAUUUUACAGAGACUAGAAGGCAACUCGAUUUGACUCGCGAGGAAGGCGAGAUCAUAAACCUCGUUUUGUCUCCACCACCGCCAUGCGCCGAUUACCCCACACCCCCGCCUUCCCCUUCCUUUCAAACAGCAUCAGAGCCCUCCCCUUCGUCGGACGCCCUCAUCCGCCUCAGCAACCUCAUCGCCACUCUCCCUUCCGUCCUGUCCAUCUAUCAACGCGCUCUCGACAUCCCUUCUCCUGCCGAUCACCUCAAUUGCCAACAUCUCCUUCACCUCCUUCGUGUCCCCAUCCUCCACGCUCCCAUCCCUUUUGAAGCAGAAGGACUCGCAUCUUCCCUCUGUCUCUCUGGUUUAGCAGAUUACGUUGGUACGGAGGACAGUGAUGUGCUUGGAUACAGCGCCAAACUACUCAGAAACGUCUCCAGUUUGCGGAAACCAUUAGAAGUUGUUGAUGGAGAAGAGAUAAGGCAAGUAGUUGAGUUAGAGAAGGACGAGUGGGUGGAUUGGAUGGUGCUGCUCGGUACAGAUGCGUCGAAUAAUAUACCUAAGAUAGGUCCGGUAAACUCGCUUCGGUUUGUAAAGGAAUACCGCUCCAUCGAAAACAUAUUGGGAGCAAAACCAAAGUUAGUCGAUAGGCUGAAUGUGCUGCACCCGGAGGGAGCGCCAAAGGGAAUGGAGGAAUGGAUGAAAGGUGUAGAAGCUGGAAGGAAACUGUUUAAAGAGUUACCGCCGACGCCCACGCUCGCUGAAUGGGAGGAGCUCUGGACUGGGGUCGGGACGGUCGAAGAGACGGACGAUAAGGUUGUGCAACUAUGGCUUGAAGAAAAGUUUGGUGUCAAACUCGUGGAACUGGAAGAUGCGGACCUCUAUAAGUUGGAAGGGAAUGAGAGCGGAGUCGGAGGCGAGAGCGAGAGCGAAAGCCAAAAUGGAAAUGAGGACGAGACUGAUGUUGUAAGAUUAUGAAUACGGACCCUAUUUCCCUUCUAUCUUUAUGUGAGCAUUACCAUUUGUAGAUAUAUACAAUGUCCUCUUUC